UUUGUGGACAAGAGCGCCAGGUACGUCGACGUGACCUACCUCCGCUAUUUCAUGGACCUGGAUACCGUUCACCAGUGGAACUGGGGGGCAGCUACUCUGGCAUAUCUCUACCAGAAGCUGAAUGAGGCCUCCAACUGGAGGACGAGGCAGCUGGUCGGAUCCUGCACUCUGCUUACGAGCUGGAUCAUCUCCUACUUCUCCCGCAUCCACGGCUUCCACAUCGAUCCUGAGUAUGUGGACCCCAUGCCCAGGGCCGCCAGAUACGUUCUCCAGAGGGGGAACGAUGUGGUGGGACCAUACCGCCUGUACCUGGACCGCACGAUGCACGACGACGUCACCUGGAGGCCGUUCGCCGACUACGCUCAGGUUGUCCCCUUCGACGGGGUUGCUCUAUAUUCAGGCUGGUUGGCAUGCGGGACCGGCAUCAUGGUUCGGUAUCUCCCGGAGCGGUGCAUGCGUCAGUUUGGAUUCGUGCAGAUCAUACCCAGGUCACCCUUCGAGGCUGCUCCUGACACAGUGACCAGAGUGCAGCUCACUGCCAUAUGGGAGCAUUGGGAGGAUCAUGUGGUACCGGAGGAGUACCGUCGCAUGCGGGUCACCCAGGACUGGCACAGUGUGGAGGGGUACGGUCACAUGGUUCUACCGGGUGUCCCAUCCUCUCUUGAGACCCGACGUUCCCGGCGCUCCUAGGCCAGCACACGAGGAGAUCCUGGAGAACCAGCAGGCCGAGGAUGAUCACGCCAUUGAUCUCAUGCCGAUCUGUCAGCGGAUAUCGAUGAUUGGGCGGGACGCGUUGGAUCGAGGUAUCGUGGAGCGGGGCGGUCCAGAGGCAGUCGCGGUGAUGGAGAUGAUCGUCCUUGAUGCGGACCGUGCGGCGACAUACAGGCGGCAGAGGAGGGCCCAGGGUGAGAGGGUUAGGCACACCCAGUAGUGGUCGGGUUUAUUUAUUUUUUGUUUUCGGAUUGUAUCUUUAGCACACUAUUUUUAUUUGUUUCGGUUUGUAUAUAUUAUUUU